AGAGCGAGAACAAACUGUGUACCUCUUUUUUUAAUGUUGUGCGUGUGCAGGAGGAAGGCGCGUCUCUGAGCUCAGUUCACCUCAUCGGCGUCAGUCUGGGAGCUCACCUGGCCGGAUUUGUAGGAGCAAACCUGAAGGGGAAGAUCGGACGAAUCACAGGUCUGGACCCCGCGGGGCCGAUGUUCACCAGCGCCACGCUAGAGGAGAGGCUGGACCCCUCAGACGCCAUGUUUGUGGACGUACUUCACACCGACAUGAACU